AUGGAACAAACAAAAGAAUGUAUUAGACAGAUAGCGGCUGGUGGAUCAGCAGGUUUGGCUGAAAUAUGUGUUAUGUAUCCACUUGAUCUCGUUAAAACAAGACUACAAAUGGGUGGUGGUGUUUAUUCAGGUUUUAUUGAUUGCAUCUCAAAAACAUAUCAACAUGAAAGUCUCUCAGGUUUUUAUAAAGGUAUUCUACCACCAAUUUUGGCAGAGACACCCAAAAGGGCAACUAAAUUUUUUACAUUUGAACAAUAUAAACAAAUAUUUACAUCAUCAUCUGUUCCACAAGAAGUUACUUUUGCAUUUGCAGGAUGUUUAUCAGGAAUAACAGAAGCUGUUAUUAUUAAUCCAUUUGAAGUUGUCAAAGUUAGACUUCAGGCUGAAAGAACAACACAAUUAAAAGAUCAAAAAAGUACAGCACAAAUGACAAGAGAAAUUGUUAAAAAAGAUGGUAUUGGUUUUAAUGGUUUGUAUAGAGGUUUCACUGCAACAUUGGCUAGGCAUGGUAUAUGGAAUACAGUAUACUUUGGUAUUUAUCAUUCAUUUAAAGGAUAUUUACCAAAAAAUGAAGAUGGUCCUUAUUUAAAUGUUUUUUCUAGAUUAAUUCUUGGAUUUAUUGCUGGUUCUCUUGCCUCAGUAGCAAAUAUUCCAAGUGACGUAGCUAAAAGUAGGAUUCAGGGACCACAACCAAAUGGUCAAAGAGUUUAUUUUGGUUUGAUGCAAACAAUGAGUUUAAUAUACAAAACUGAAGGAAUUAAUGCAUUAUUUAGAGGUUUACUGGCUAAAGUUUUAAGACUUGGCCCAGGUGGUGGUAUAAUGUUAAUUGUUAAUGAAACUGUCUAUGAUUAUUUAAAAGAACAUUUUUAA